AUGCCAAAAGUAAAAAAAGGAAAGGCGAUAGUGCCACCAAUGUCAAAAAAUGCAAUACGGGUUUUGAAUUUAAUAAUGGCUGUAGGUUUUAUAAGUGCAAUACCCCAAAUUUUAACAACCGUUAUGACAAGUUGGAGAGAAGGAGAGCCAAUAGAAUAUAAAUACAUGUUUAGAGGUAGUGAACAUUCUUUAUAUGUUGAUUAUACUUAUUAUGGAUUAUAUAAAGUAAUAUAUGAUGAUAGACAUGUUGAAACAUGGACUCAACGAGUUCAAAAUAUGAGAAGCAAAGGUAGUGAAGGAAUACAAGUAGGAAGAAAUAGUGAAUCUAGUGGAUCAUUAUCAUUAUGGACAUCUGCAUGUCAAGAACCAUGUAGAAAUUCAAUAAUAAAACGUAUAGAAGCAUAUGAAAGAGUAUCAUUUGUUUCAUUAGUUUUGUUGUGUGGUAUUGUUUUAGCAUGUUCUCUUAUAGUUAUGUGUGUAGGAUGGAAUAUAUUAUUUACAAAAAAUAUUUUAAUAUCUAUGGGUUGUUUUAUGUUAUCUUUUAUAAUUAAUGGAGGAGUAGGAACAUAUUGGUAUUACGAAACAGACUUAUCAUGGAACUUAGUUACAAAAUCUCAACAAUUUCCAUUUCCAAAAUGUUCAUACAGUUUUUAUAUUUUCAUGAUAACAACAUGUAUAUAUGGUUUAUGUUUUAUUGCCUUAUUAUUAUUGGAUUUGUCAAAUAAAAAUUCACAAAAAAAAUCAUAUCUUAAUCAUGGAAAUAAUAGAAAUAUGAUGUUUGGAGAAGGGAAGGGUAUGUCUUAUCAACCAUUAUAUGAGCAACAGAACAGUAUGAUGAUGCCACGAAGUGCUAGUUAUACAAACAUGAUGCAAUUUGGAAAGGGAAUGGAUAAUUGUCCUCCCAACUUUAUGCAAUACAAUGCUAAUAAAAUGAGUAUGAAUAAUCCUAUGGGAAUGAAUAUGAUGGGAAGUAAUGUUGGAGGUUAUCCAGGAUUUAGAAAUAUGCCAUCAGACAUGAGGAACAUGUCAUCAGGCAUGAAUAACAUGCCAUCAAGUAUGAGUAAUGUGAAUAAUAUGAGCAUGAUGAUGCCUCAUCAAAAUUUGAAUCCGAUGUUUUCACCACAAAUGUCAAGACAAUUUUCCUAUUCAGGAUCUCCUUCUAUGGGAAAUUUAGGGAUGAUGAAUUUUCCAAAUAGAAAUAUGCAAGACAUGCGAGGUAUGCCUAAUCAAAGAGGUUACUCACACAUGAGCUUUGAUGUAAAUAAUCCAUAUGGUUCUCAAAAACAACACAUGUUUUAA